AUGAGCCCUUUCUCACUCCCGUGCCCGCAGCAGCCCCAGGGCCACAGCCCCGUGCCCUGUGUCCGGGUCUGCCGGGCUCGCUCCGCACCAGCCCCGGGCGGCUGCCCGAGCCCCGUGGAUGCCGCAGGGCCGAGGGGAAAUCGGCUCGUACACGACCGGAGGAGAAUUACCCCUUGCUCCCGUUCCCUACGGCGGGCAGGUGUGGAAAAGAAGGUUCGCAGCAGUUCCGGAGCUGCACCGGGCAAGGAAGGCGGCGGCUGCGGGGCCUCAGCGCCGCCAUCCCGCAGUGCCCUCCGCUGGGGACACCGGGAAUUCCAGCGGCUUCCAGCGCUCCUGCCCCCGGGCUGCCCGCUGUGCCCUCCGCUGGGGACACCGGGAAUUCCAGCGGCUUCCAGCGCUCCUGCCCCCCGGCUGCCCGCUGUGCCCUCCGCUGGGGACACCGGGAAUUCCAGCGGCUUCCAGCGCUCCUGCCCCCCGGGCUGCCCGCUGUGCCCUCCGCUGGGGACACCGGGAAUUCCAGCGGCUUCCAGCGCUCCUGCCCCCCGGGCUGCCCGCUGUGCCCUCCGCUGGGGACACCGGGAAUUCCAGCGGCUUCCAGCGCUCCUGCCCCCGGGCUGCCCGCUGUGCCCUCCGCUGGGGACACCGGGAAUUCCAGCGGCUUCCAGCGCUCCUGCCCCCCGGGCUGCCCGCUGUGCCCUCCGCUGGGGACACCGGGAAUUCCAGCGGCUUCCAGCGCUCCUGCCCCCCGGCUGCCCGCUGUGCCCUCCGCUGGGGACACCGGGAAUUCCAGCGGCUUCCAGCGCUCCUGCCCCCCGGGCUGCCCGCUGUGCCCUCCGCUGGGGACACCGGGAAUUCCAGCGGCUUCCAGCGCUCCUGCCCCCCGGGCUGCCCGCUGUGCCCUCCGCUGGGGACACCGGGAAUUCCAGCGGCUUCCAGCGCUCCUGCCCCCGGGCUGCCCGCUGUGCCCUCCGCUGGGGACACCGGGAAUUCCAGCGGCUUCCAGCGCUCCUGCCCCUCGGGCUGCCUCCCCUCCCCUCCCGGGGCUUCUCCUCCCCGCGGGGCCCUGGAGGGGAGAUGGCAGCUCCCCGCUCCCCUGCGCGCACCGCUGCCGGCACACUCCGGCCAGGGCUGCAGCAAGCAGGGUAG